CUUGGCUAAAAAAAAAGAGUUGCAUGACUUUUUCAAAAAGACGGGGACGAGAGAAUUUAUCUUAUGUCAUUUGAUGGAAAGGAUUUCUCAGUUAAUAUGACUCAUGGCUGUUGCUUUUAACUUUUGGGAAAAUGGAGCACCUUUAAACUAAUGAGCAUCUUCCUGCACUGUCGAUGGAACUUGGGAGCCUUGAGCUGCUCCAGCCAGGCUAGGGUGGUCUGUCCUUCGGUGUGUCCCGUCUCCCCCCACCAUGCAGAAUAAUGAGCCCUCCACACCAUGAGUCCGUUGGCCCAGGUUAAUGUGCAGUCUACCUGGAACACAGCCCUGCUAGCCGUGGUUUCCCUCAUGGUGCCUGCUCUUAGUAUGUGCCAGUCCACAGGGCCGGAGUUGGGCUCAACAAUUCCACAGAACUGUCCAGGUGUUUGCUCCUGCACUAACCAGCUCAGCAAGGUGGUGUGCACCCGCAGAGGCCUGAUCAGGGUUCCUCCGAACAUCCCAGCCAACACCAGGUACCUGAACCUGAUGGAGAACAGCAUAGAGACCAUACAAGCAGAUACCUUCAGACAUUUGCAUCAUCUGGAGGUGUUGCAAUUGGGCAGAAAUGCAAUCAGGCAGAUUGAAGUUGGGGCUUUUAAUGGUUUGACUAGCCUCAAUACCCUGGAGUUGUUUGACAACAGACUAACAGUCAUACCAAGUGGAGCUUUUGAGUAUCUUUCAAAAUUGAGAGAGCUGUGGCUCAGAAAUAAUCCAAUUGAGAGCAUUCCCUCUUAUGCCUUUAACCGAGUUCCCUCACUCAUGAGACUAGACCUGGGAGAGUUGAGGAAGUUGGAGUACAUCUCUGAAGGGGCUUUUGAGGGCCUUCAUAACCUCAAGUACCUGAAUUUAGGGAUGUGCAGUUUAAGGGAGUUUCCAAAUUUGUCACCUCUCUUGGGACUGGAGGAGUUGGAGAUUUCUGAAAACGUUUUCCCAGAGCUAAAGCCCGGGGCCUUCCGUGGGCUGAAGAAUUUGCGUAAACUUUGGAUUAUGAACUCUGCCAUUACCAUCAUUGAGAGGAAUGCAUUUGAUGACAUCACUGCUUUGGUGGAGUUGAAUCUAGCCCAUAAUAACUUAUCAUCCCUUCCCCAUAACCUGUUCACCCCCCUACAGUACCUGGUGGAGCUACAUCUACACCAUAACCCUUGGCGCUGUGAUUGUGAUGUAGUUUGGCUUUCCUGGUGGCUCAGAGAAAAUAUUCCCACAAAUUCCACCUGUUGUGGACGCUGCCACACUCCAGUCCAGAUGAGAGGAAGAUACUUAGUGGAAGUUGAUCAAACAACGUUUCAGUGUUCAGCACCAGUCAUACUCGAUGCUCCAAGAGAUCUGAACAUUUCUGCUGCAAGGGUGGCGGAAAUGAAGUGUCGUACAGCAGCAAUGAGCUCGGUCCGAUGGCUUCUCCCCAAUGGGACUGUGUUAACCCAUAGCUCAGCUCAUCCAAGGAUAUCUGUUCUCAAUGAUGGGACACUCAACUUUUCCAAUGUUCUCCCUUCAGACACAGGAGUCUACACUUGCAUGGUGAGCAACAUGGCAGGCAAUUCCAAUGCUUCUGCCUAUCUCAAUGUCAGCAAUGCUGAACUUAACACUUCUAACCUAUCCUACUUUACAACUGUCACAGUGGAAGUGUUAGAGCCCACAGUGGAGGAGACCCCUAAGCCCAAGCCCACUUUACCUGCUUCACCCUCUGUUUUUCAACCUGUGUUCAUCUCCACACCAACUGUGCUGUUCCAAAAUACUCAAACUCCAAGGCAGGUAUCAAUUCCUACAGCCAGAGUACCUAGUGGGCCACCUGCCAGUCUGGAUGAGAUGAUGAAAACCACAAAAAUCAUCAUUGGCUGCUUUGUAGCUGUUACAUUGCUGGCAGCCGCCAUGUUGAUAGCAUUCUAUAAACUGCGAAAGAGGCAUCAGCAGAGAAGUACUGUGGCUGCAGCCAGGACAAUAGAAAUCAUACAAAUGGAGGAAGAGGUUCCACCUGUUCCACCACCUACAUCUGGAUCCAGUGGCUCUGACGAAACAGGUUUGGUACUGCCAACAUUAGUGGAACACAACAGCAACACAUUUAAACCUGGAUAUGUGUCAUCUUCCUCUUCAUCCCGUCAAGGGAGCUAUGGGGCUCACUGGACCCAGAACAACUCUCUCCAUCGCUCAGUCAGACAGCACCACAGCCACAUCAGCAUCAUUGCUGAUCCCUAUGUCAUAAUGACCUCUCACGGCAAAGAGAAAGUUCAAGAGACCCAAAUCUGAAUUAUACUCUCUGUGGAUCUAUUUAUGACUCGGUCCAAACCUCUGUGGUCAAAUCUGCUCACCAGUCCAGGCAAUAUAAUGCACAAAGAGCAAAAUGUUAACUUUCUUUUGUACAGAAGUGCAAAACAGACCUUUUUUUUCUUGUAUAUGCCUAUACAUAAAUAUAUAAAUAUGAAAAAUAUAUAUGACUGAAACUCCAGCCAGACAUUGGUUAAAAAAGCAGAAUAUAUCAAGAAAGAAAGUAAUUUGAAACUAUUUUCUAAUAUCUGAUGACUUCUAUUUAAAAAAAACAUAAAAUAAUUUGCUUUUCUGACUGAAAGUAGAGAGUGGUACUGUCUAAUGUAAGCAAAGAGGCAUUUAGUUUUUUCACCCCAUUUAGGGAAAAGUAAAACUCUUCAUAAAGGCACCAGUUUAUAAUUGCAAUUCAACAUGCAAACUCCUGUUUUUACUGUGCCAAAUAUAAUAUGCAAUAAAACGGAAUUCCCUAACUAAGGAACAAAAAAAAACAUUAGUAAAGUAAUGAUAGACAUAAACAUUUGUCCUAUAGCAGCAAAAUAGCCAGGAUAAAUCGUGCUGUUUGGUAGCUAUCAGCCAAAUGCUUUUGGACUGCAGUGAAUUUCUGCAGCUAAGAAUUAACUCUGUGUUUGCUGGCGCAAUGUUGUAUUUCUUUAGACAGUGCCAGUGCUUUUUUUGUAGCGCAUCUGAACAUGUUUAUUUAAUGUGUACAUGAUUCUCCACUGGUUCAACUGGCAAAGGUGACAUGCAGUCUAAUAACAACUGUUGCUAAAAUGUUAUUUUCUGUCAUUGGUUGCAUUUUGAAUUCUCCCUUUAGGUUUUUGACAUGCUUCUUAAUGGCUUGUGUAGUGUUUAGGGCUAAUUUAGUAAUGCAUUACAGCAGUUGCCUGACUCGUCUUUGCAAGGGCUCAUUCCAAUGCUAAUUUUUCAAAAGAAAAGACAUGUUGUGCAUUAAAAUGGGGCUUUGCUGAUGAUUCUACUUUUGGAAUUACAAAACACAGAGUAUUGAAGUCAAACAAAUGAAUGUCUGACACUGGAGCUUUCCCUUGGACUAAACUAAUAAAUUAUUUUACUUUAGUUUUACCUUUUAUUUUUAGCAACACUAUUUUUAUGGAGCAACAAAGGAGGCAAUGGAGGUAAUAAAAAACAUCAUUUGGUUUGUAUUUCUCCAAUCUGAAAGACUUUCAUCUGAUGUUUUUUUUCCCUUCCUGUCAGUAUCUUUAUAUUUGUGUAGGUUGUUUAGUCUUAAAGGCUGAAGGCAGUAAUGUAAAUGGUAACUUACCCCACACCCUUAUCGUACGGUCCUAUGCAUUUACUUCGUGUCUGCAUGAAUGGGUCUUUAAGUAAUUGGUGUACAAUGCUGCAUUAUACCCCACAGUGGGGCUCUAUGCAGGUCAGAUAAGCUGUUGGUCUUUGAUGCCUCAGCUUAGUUCUUAACAUUGAUUUCUCAGUGACUGUGAAGGGGAAAAAUACAUGUCUGACACAGUCAUACACAGAUUGUGCAUUCCUUUUCUUACAUUCUCAUACUCAGACCUAAUUAUGUUCUGAAUCUGAUAUUAAUUGAGAAAAGAAAAAAAAAAAUUAUGUUGUGCUGUUAACAUGAAAAAAAUGGAAAUAAUAUAAAUUGCAGUGCAAGGCAACUUAAGCAAUUUGCAGUGACACCUAAUAACAAGAAAGCAAUUUGUUUUAAAUUCUAGCUUUUUUUUUUCAUCAGAUGCCGUUUGUGUCAGUGAAUUUCUGAGCAAUGAUCUUGAUGUCAUGCAGCUACAAAGCCAGCUACCAUAACUGUGGCUUCUUUCUGUGAUCACUUAAAUGCCUCUUUUAUGAUGUUAAAUCGUUGCCAUUUCUACAGUCACUCAGCAGUUUUCCAUAUAUUGUAAUGAUUUGACACAUGCUAUUCAAAAGUGUAGGUUAAUGGUCAUUUCAGUGCAAUUUUUCUAAUGCUGCAGAAACUUGAUAUAAAGAGGAAAUUAAAAUGACACAUGUGAAAAUAAUAAAGCAUUGUGAAUCGAAAGCACCACCAAUAUUUCAUUUAAAUUCUCAGCACUGCACAUGACUAUUAUCGUACAUCAUGCAGAAUUGUUGUCACCCCUAACAAAUAUUUGGGAAAAGCAUUUUUAAAACGUCUUUUUUUCUGUAAUGAUCUGAAAUUUAAUUUAAACAAAAGUAACAUUUAAUUUGAAUACAUUCAUGUAGUGACAAAAACAUCUUAAAAAAUAAUUGUUUUAGACAAACUCACUCAUUGCGCCAUCAUUUGUACCCCUAAUGUUCAUGGAAGAAAGAUGAUUUGUGUCUGAAGUAUUUCUGGCUUGAUUUGACCAAAUGUUGUGGAUAUGGAUUUUUCCUGCCAAAAGAUCAUAUUGUGGCCAAUUUUCAGUUUUCUGGUAGAAUCUGCUUCAUUUAUAUUUAACAUUUAAAUCUGAAAAUUGUUUUAAAGAGAAACGAGUCCACAGGAUCACAGAUCAUCUGCUUAACCCUGGUCAUAAUGUGCUUUUUUUACACAUUCGUAUUUUGUUUCAUAUUUGGAGUGUACCAAGAUACCACAACAGGAGAUCUUGUGAAAUAAAAAAAACCAUAAUAUUUUUCCUGAAAGUGAAGUCGUUCUUGUGAAGCGCUGCCCUGGGUAUGUGAUGUCAAACUGGAGUGUUAGCUCGGAAUAUGAAGGUUGGUGUCUUUCGCCUGACCACUUGUUAUAGCUAAGUUUGAGAUUUUUAUUUUGAAAUAAUAAAAUAGCGUUGACAGAGUCUGCUCAUAAACUGCCAAUCACGCUUGGAGUGUUGGUGAAUUCCUAAAUGUAAUUAAAUAAUUUUUCCAGAAGCAUUUUGGAUAACCAGAGAAUAAAAAAUUAGACUAACAGGCAAGAUGUGUAUGAUUUGUAUGUACCACAGGGACACUGCAACCGCUUUACUAUUAUCCCAGUAACAAUGCACAUAUCUUUGUGGGUCAGCUUACACUUACUUUUUAAACGUGUCAAAUAAAGAUGCAAAUACAGCAUCUAGCAAACUUGUUUAGGUUUAGUUAAUGGCAUCAUGGAUGCUAAGUCAUUACAUUUGCAUAUCCUCUUUCCAGAAUGCAAAACAUACAUUGCGCUUUCUGGUAAUCAGAAAGCGCAAUGCAUGUUUUGCAUAUUCAUGAAGGUGGACACACUAGAUUAAUUGUACCUGAGAUUCUCCUCAUUUUGCAAUUCGGUUUGUAUGUUGUUUGUAGAUCAGGUUUGGACAUAAUACCAAGUUUGUACGUUUUUUUUACACCCGCAAACCAUUUAAAUAAUCAGACUCCUAGACUAAUCAAAUGUGAACUUGACAAUUCUAUUUAUAACUGACUCCUUCAAACAAAUUGGUAAUUAGAAAACCCUCAUUUUAUUUGUGAGAACACAAAAGGAAAUGAAAUUGUAAUGAUUUUUGCUAUUAGACUCACUUUAAAAUGAUACAGGCAUAAAAACUGACAAAUGCAUUAGCCAAAUCUUGACUUGUGGACAAAUCUGGACAAUCUGUGAUUUGAUUUGUGAGCCUUUUCUAUCUUCAUGAAUAUAAAAAGAGGAUUCUUAGGUCUUCCCCAAAAUAUUGUUAAAAUUGAGUCAAUUCCUUUUUUGUCAUUGUACACUAUACAACAAAAUUACGUUUCUAUGGUGGAGCGUUUAAAAAAAUGAUAUGAUAAAAUCUCUGGAAAAAAUGUGUUGGCAUGCAAAUUCAAUCUGAUGGUUGCGAUACAGAUUUAGUUACCUCGAGAUGUCACUCUGUUCCACAGUUCUCUCAAAAAGUGAUUUUAUUUUCACAGUUUUGGGUGGCAAGAGAAAAUUGACCUUUGUGUCAUGUUGUAUUUAUACCCCAUGGAAACAGAAGUGUAAGCUGCUACUUAAGAGUUCCUAUCUCAUUAACUUAAAAAAAAACUGAAGCAUAAAGUAAGAAAGAUGUUUACAUUUCAUCUAUUUCCAAGGCAUUGCUACAGGUAACAAUACCUAUUGAAUUAUAAAUGACACUCAAUUUUGGGGUUUUUAUUAUCUCUAAGUUAUAUUCAUUAAAGUUACAAGAAAUAAAGUUGUGAAAUAUUCCACUAUCUGUGAUGAAUCUAUAUAACAAAAAAAAAUUCACUUCUGACUAAAAUAUAAAAUUUAAAUAUUAUUACAUGUUUUAGCUAGACAGAUAUACAGUAGGUGAGCCAACUAACCCCACAAUGCCAAUGCCACCACUUCAUGAAUGUACUUAAGUUAAAGAUUGAAAUGUUAUAAAUUUUCCUGUGUUAUUACUACUACGAUAACAUACAAUUUUUUAAGACUUUUUAUUUAGUUACAUGGACUGGCAACAAAUGUAAAUGUGCCCCUCUGUAUACAACUUGUGUUUUGAUUUUAAAAAAUAUUUUAUACUGCUGGUACAGCAGAACGACCAAAAGGAGAUGUGUUUUGCACAUAUGUUCAAAACAAAUAAGCUAUUGGGCAAGCGA